AUGGUUGAGCCCCUCUGCCGUGUCUGUGGAACGGAUCUGGAGACAAGUCAGCACCUCCUUUUCAGCUGCCCCAAGAAGCUGGAACCUCUUUUUCCUGACCCGGACCCAGUCAAACCACUUCAUGACAUCCCCAUCUUCAUCUUGAUCGACACCAUCCUGGCCUCCGUCUGGAGGUACCAUCACGCCAUUGUCCGUGAGGAUCAAGCCUUUGAACCUCGUAUGGUCCUUGCCGCGGUGGAUUUAGCCAUUACCCAAGUUCGCGCUCAGUUGGCUGAGAAGAAGCGCCAGAGCGAGGAGCGUGAACCUCCGCCCCCAGUCGAGCUCCCCCUUGUCGACAACAGCUUCCCCACCUAA